AUGAAUCACAGAGAAUUUAUAGGAGUUGAGAGUACACUGGCACGCUCUCCCCCACCACAAAGAGACUCUCUGAUGGAACCCCAGAAGGCAGUCAAGAAGGCAUCCAGCCUGCCGCUGCCAGCAGGCUCUCUCCAAAGAGGGGUCCUUUGGAAGUCUACCCGCUGUCCCCCCCCACCCCAGCAUCCGAGGCAGCGACAGACCCCCUCGGCUGUCAGUCCGCACGGGCCACACCCGCCCCAUUCCCGCUUCCACCACCCUCCCGGCCUGGGGGAGCUCCCACCCCAGCCGGCCCCGGCCCCACGUCGGGCCGCCCCGCCGGAGCGGGAGCGCGGGAGGCCAGGAGGGAGCGGGGAGGUCGAACCCCUGCCCGGCAGUUACCGGGGUUCCGUGCUUCCGCUUGGGGAGGGGGCGCAACCCCUCUCCCCGGCCGCGCCCCGAGCUCCAUUCCCUGGGAACAGCGCACCCCGGGGAAGGAGCACCGGGGACGCCCCGCCACCCCGCCCCCACCCUAGUACCUUCUGCUCGGCCGGCUCCAGCUGCGCGGCCGGCGCCGGAGGCUGCGACUGA